AUGAUAAAGACAUUGUUCCGAAGAAUGUCAAGUAAUACCACUAUACCAACUCCUAACGGGUCCAAUCAUUGGACAGCUUCUAAAGUUAGAUCUACAUUUUUAGAUUAUUUCAAACAACAGCAACACACUUAUGUCCCAUCUUCAUCAGUUGUUCCUCACAAUGACCCAACUUUAUUAUUUGCCAAUGCUGGUAUGAACCAAUAUAAACCAAUUUUUUUGGGUACAGUUGAUCCAGCUAGUGAUUUUGCCAGUUUGAAAAGAGCUGCUAAUUCUCAAAAAUGUAUUAGAGCUGGUGGUAAACAUAAUGAUUUAGAAGAUGUUGGUAGAGAUUCUUACCAUCAUACUUUUUUCGAAAUGCUUGGUAAUUGGUCAUUUGGUGAUUAUUUCAAAAAAGAGGCCAUUGAUUAUUCAUGGGAAUUGUUGACCAAAGUUUAUGGAUUAAAAGAAGAUAGAUUGUAUGUCACUUAUUUUGGUGGUGAUGAGAAGCAAGGAUUAGAACCAGAUUUAGAAGCCAAAAAUUUUUGGUUGAAAGUAGGUGUUCCAGAGGAUCAUAUUUUGCCAGGUUCAGUUAAAGAUAAUUUUUGGGAAAUGGGUGAUCAAGGUCCAUGUGGUCCAUGUAGUGAAAUUCAUUAUGAUAGAAUUGGGGGGAGAAAUGCUUCUGAUUUGGUCAACAUGGAUGACCCUAAUGUGAUUGAGGUUUGGAAUGUUGUUUUCAUUCAAUAUAAUCGUGAAGCUGAUGGGAACUUGCGUACCUUGCCAAACAAACACAUUGAUACUGGUAUGGGAUUUGAAAGAUUAGUUUCAAUUUUACAAAACAAAUUUUCAAAUUACGAUACUGAUGUGUUUUUACCAAUUUUCGACAAAAUCAGAGAAAUUACUGGUGUUAGACCAUAUACAGGAAAGUUUGGUAAUGAAGAUAAAGAUGGUAUAGAUACUGCUUAUAGAGUUAUUGCUGAUCAUGUUAGAACUUUGACAUUUGCUAUUUGUGAUGGUGGUGUUCCUAACAAUGAAGGUAGAGGUUAUGUUUUGAGAAGAAUUUUGAGAAGAGGUUCUCGUUAUGUUCGUAAAUAUAUGAAUUACCCAAUUGGUGGAUUUUUCCAACAAUUAGUCGAUGUUGUUAUUGAACAAAACAAGGAAAUUUUCCCAGAAAUCUCCAGUGGUGCCCAAGAUUUGAAGGAAAUCUUAAACGAAGAAGAAUUGUCAUUUGCAAAGACUUUAGAUCGUGGUGAAAAAUUGUUUGAACAAUAUGCUAUUAUUGCUUCCAAGACUCCAGAACAAACUUUGUCUGGUAAAGAUGUUUGGAGAUUGUAUGAUACCUAUGGGUUCCCUGUUGAUUUAACAAGAUUAAUGGCUGAAGAAGCUGGCUUGAAAAUUGAUGAAGACGGGUUUGAACGUGCUAAAGAAGAAUCUAGAGAAGCCUCAAAGGGGAGUGGUACCAAAGAUGGUAAAACUUUAGUCAAGUUAGAUGUUCAUGCUCUUUCUGAAUUGGAUCAAAAUGAUACCAUUCCUAAGACCAAUGAUGAAUUUAAAUAUGGUCUUGAAAAUGUCAAGGCUAAAGUUGUUGGUAUUUAUGAUGGUUCCAAGUUUGUUGAGUCUAUAGAAGAUCCAAGUAUCCAAUAUGGUAUAUUGUUGGAUAAAACCCCAUUUUAUGCUGAACAAGGUGGUCAAGAAUAUGAUACUGGUAAAUUAGUAAUUGAUGGGAAACUGGAAUUCAAUGUUGCUAAUGUUCAAGUUUAUGCUGGUUAUGUGUUACACACUGGUAACAUUGUUGAUGGGAAAUUAAAUGUUGGUGAUGAAAUCAUUGCUACUUAUGAUGAAUUGAGAAGAUGGCCAAUUAGAAAUAACCACACUGGUACUCAUAUUUUGAACUUUGCCUUGAGAGAAGUUCUUGGUGAUGGUGUUGAUCAAAAAGGUUCAUUGGUUGCUCCAGAAAAAUUAAGAUUUGAUUUCAGUUAUAAACAAGCUGUUACACCUAAAGAAUUGGAAAAGAUCGAAGCUAUUUCUAAUAAAUACAUCAAAAACAAUGAUAAAGUUUACUACAAAGAUGUUUCCUUGACAAAAGCUAAAGAAAUUAAUGGGUUAAGAGCUGUUUUCGGAGAAACUUAUCCUGACCCAGUUAGAGUUGUUUCCAUUGGUGUACUGGUUGAUGAUUUAUUAGCUGAUCCUACUAAUGCCAAAUGGCACGAAAUUUCUAUAGAAUUUUGUGGGGGCACUCAUGUUGCCAAGACUGGUGAUAUUAAAGAUUUAGUGAUUGUUGAAGAAUCUGGUAUUGCUAAAGGUAUUAGAAGAAUAGUUGCUGUUACUGGUCAUGAUGCUCAUCAUGUUCAAAAAGUUGCUAAUGAAUUUGAACAAGAAAUCGAUGCUGCUGCAAGUUUACCAUUUGGUGUUGUCAAGGAAUCUAAAUCCAAGGAAUUAGGGGUUGCGUUAAAGAAAUUAUCAAUUUCCGUAUUGGAUAAACAAAGAUUAACUGAAAAAUUCAACAAAUUGGAUAAAUCAAUCAAAGAUAAUUUGAAGGCUAGACAAAAAGAGGAAACCAAAAAGACAUUAGAUGUAGUUAACAAUUGGUUGAAUGAUAAAGAAAAUGUUUCAUCAUUUUUGGUUUCUCAUGUUCCAAUUACUGCUAAUGCAAAGGCAAUUACUGAAGCUAUUAACUUGAUCAAAAAGCAAGACAAAUCUAAAUCAAUUUAUUUGUUGACCGGCGAAACCGAUAAAGUUGCUCAUGGAUGUUAUGUUAGUGAUGAAGCUAUUGCCAAGGGAAUUAAUGCCAAUGAGUUAGCUAAGUCUGUAUCUGAAAACAUUGGUGGUAAAGCUGGUGGUAAGGGCAACAUUGUUCAAGGUAUGGGUGAUAAACCAGAAGGUAUUAACACUGCUAUUGAAGAAGUAACUAAAUUAUUCAAAGAGAAAUUGUAG